AUGUCGAACGACACUCCCACGCCGACGGCAGAGGACAAGUCUAGAUACGAUGCCGCGAAGAAAGAGCUUCUGCAAGCCUUGGCGAAGAAGAGGAUGGUAGACAAGUCGCUCGCGCAGCUCGAGGUACAGAUAUACAACUUGGAAGGCAGCUAUCUCACAGAGACAGCCAUGCAUAGUGGAGGCAACAUCGUCCAAGGUUUUGAUGGCUACCUCAAGAACGCUCCAGGCGGCAGACGGAAGCACGAAGUGAGCGAGACGGACAGGAUGUUCUCAAACAGCAGUAUGACAUUCAAGAAGGCUCUCGAGCUUUCCGGCGAGGGCGAAGAAUCCACCGCCACAGCCGAUGAUCAUCCGUCACGCGGUCCCACCCCAGGCCUCACUACUGUCGUCGUCCCUCCAGCGAAGCAAGAGUCUACAGCCGCCGCUCAGAAGAAGCAGCGCGACAGGGAAUACCAGAGGAAGAAGCGAGCCAGCAUGAGUGCAGCACGCCGUAGUCAGCAGCUGAGUGACGACGAGAGCGUCGCAUCCACUGCAUCCAGCCGCCGGCCCACAAAACGCGCGCGCAUGGCAGACGAUGACUGA